GUCAUAAGCCUAACAUUGGGCAUGUAGUUUCUCUCAAUACAUCAUCGGGUUUAUAUUUCAUGCAAAAAAAGGUAGAGUGUGUGGUUAAUUUUUACUGUUGCUUCAUAAUUGUAAAUGCGCUGUCUAUUUAUCAGCAACCUCAUAUAUUCAUGCUAUGCGUAUGAGUGCUACAUCUGUUGUGGCGUGGAUAAGGAAAUCAUUAUUAUUGACUUACAUGAUCUGUAUGUUCUUAAAGCAUUUUAUAAGCAUAUUGACGCAAGUAAAUCCAAAACCAGGAAGUCAUUCGACGGUUUCGACGAAGAAGACACACAGUGUUUAACAGAGGAUGCUCUCAAAGCUUGAAUACCACAGUAGCUCUUUUAGCCCAUCAUCAUUUAGAGGUAAACCACAAACCUGUUUAAAACAUCUCAAUUUUCUUUAUGUCCUGCCUAAAGGCACGUCAUAGUAUAUUAGCUGGGUAUGGACAGACAAAAAUGGCUGUUACAUCAAGUGUCUUGAUAUAGGAGUUCCUGUCGCCUUUAAGGAGAAAGAUAUGUGUCCAACUAGUAAAUAUUCAUAUAUCCUAGCAAUUAUGAUUAGCAGACAAUUUGUGCGGGCAAUGAUAAGUCAAAAAAAGUAAAACAGAAAAGCUUAUCUUGAAUUUAAAGAUUCUCUCAUCCAUUGUCAGUGUUGCAACUUUCUCUCUGUUGAAUUCAUACUUAAAUAAAUCAACAAACGCUUCUCGGAUGGCCCCAGCUCUUUUAGUUCCAUGCCCGACCCAGUCUCUUUUUUUUUUUUU